UUUAAAAUGAGCUCGCCUUCGGUAAAGAAUCAGAAUGACGCCGCUACUAAGCAGCGAAAAUCUACAAAAACAAACUCAACAAUAAAAACCAAUUUGGAUACCAGAGCAGAGUUGGCGGACCUCAUCAAGAAAAAGGCGGAAACAUCAGAGCAACUGGCCAAUUUGGAGCGGCAGAUCUAUGCAUUCGAAGGAUCGUAUUUGGAAGAUACUCAGCUAUGUGGCAACAUAAUACGAGGCUGGGAACGUUACUUGACAUCGAAUAAGGCAACGAAUUCCAAAGCAGACAAGCGGAACAGAAAAUUCAAAGAGGCAGAAAGAUUAUUCUCGAAGUCGUCUAUAACAUCGAUGGCGAUUUGCAACCCUGAACGUGCCAGCGAAUCAGAUUCGGUGACAAAUGAAGACUCCAGUGACAAUCAAAUAGUUUUAACACAAAACACAACAACAGCCCAUGAUGGAGCGACAAGUAUAAAAAGUGCUGGAAAGGAUGAUAAGAGUGACCGAGCAUCGACACCGCAACGGGAAACGAUUAAAGAACCUGGAACGCCGGGCGGCGGGGCCUCAACAAAGAGUAAACUAUCCUCUUCAAGCGUGACGGCAAAGAAAGGUGGUCAUGUCAAUAAAAAGAUCCGUCAUCGAUGAUUUAGAGGAAGGUUGCGGUUCCGUUCGUCGUAUUAAAAAA